CGCAGCUAGCGUCGACGUCGGCUGCAGUGGGCCAACGUUGUUGUUAUUGUUGCAGCAGCAUUCGGAGGAGCGAAAAGGAUAGAGAGACAGAAGCAGCAGCGGCAGCAGCAAAUAGCACAAAAAAAAAAAAAAAACACUGAGAACUCCUCUUCACUUCACUAGAAGACGCACCUGGUAGCACCAGUACAAAUCCAGAAACCGGGAAACCGUAAACCCCAUAAACAAAAAAAUAAAUAAAAGGGAGGGAAUAAUAUACGUAACGAGAGACCAGAGCCAGAAAGGGAUCUAAGCCAGAAGAAAAUCGCACAGCUCAUCAAGUAUGGAGGUGGAAUCGAAUAACAAACGCGCCACCAACGGGCGUCACUCCGCCUCCCCGGAGGGAUCUGAUUCCAAGGAGAGUUCCGUGGAACGUGAACUCAACGGCGAGAUCCAGGCGGUGGAGCUAAACGGAAGUGGAAGUGGAAGCCAUGCCAAUGGGCACAUUAAGAAGCCGCUGCCAGUGGAGGAUGGAAGGAUCAAGCGGAAGGCCAAGCGGCUCAUCCAAAGACAGAACAGCGGCAGUGGAGGAGGAGGAGGAGGUGGAUCUCCCAGCCAGACGAAUGGAAAUGGAGCCUCUGCCAGCUCCACGCUGGUCGGCAACGGCAUCCUAACCGCUACCGGUGGCUAUGUGGUGCCCCAUCGCCGCUGGAAGAACAGUCGUCGUUCCAGGAAUCUGAACCGUGGACGCGGUCUACCCAAGAAGGGCGGUGCCGGUGGCAAGGGUGUUUGGGGUCUGCCCGGUUCGGAGGCACUGGCCGAGGUCUAUGAGGACGAGAAUGAUCCCAACUAUGAUAGCGAGUGUAAUGACCGGAAUGUAGAGUUGCGGGAGGUGAUUACAGAGAUCACACCCGUGGAGUUCUUCAAGCUGGCGGAGCCCAUUGUCCUGGAGUAUUUCGAGCAUGGGGACACCCACGAGGUGGCCGUCAGCUUCGAUGAGAUACUGCAGGGACCGUUGCGAGAGCACAUCACCAGCAUCCUGGUCGAGAUCUCCAUGGAUCACAAGGACUCGCAGCGCGAGAUGACCUCCGUACUGAUCUCGGAUCUCUAUGGACGCGUCAUCACCGGCAAGGAUAUCGAGAAGGGCUUCAAUAUGUUGCUGUCAAAUCUACCGGAUCUCAUCCUGGACACCCCAGAGGCGCCCAUCAUUCUGGGCAACUUUAUGGCCCGUGCCGUGGCCGAUGAUUGCAUUCCCCCGAAGUUUGUCGCCAAAUCGACGGCCGAUCUGGAGCUCCUGGAACUGGGCGAGCAUGCCGAGCAGGCCCUUCGUCGGGCCGACUCGCUGCUCCAUAAGCAGGGCUGGGCCCAUCUGGACAAUGUGUGGGGCAUGGGUGGGCCGUUGCGUCCCGUCAAGACCAUUACCAAGCAGAUGGAGCUGCUGCUGAAGGAGUACCAAUCGUCCAGGGAUGUCGCCGAGGCGCAGCGCUGUCUGCGGGCCCUCGAGGUGCCGCACUAUCAUCACGAACUGGUCUACGAAGCCAUUGUCAUGACGCUGGAGUCCCUCAGCCAGACCACCGAGGAGGCCAUGUGUGAGCUGCUCAAGCAGCUGGAUCUCACCUGCCUGGUGCUGCCAGCGGGCAUGGAGCAGGGCUUCAUGCGGGUCUUCGAUGACAUGGCCGAUAUCGUUCUGGAUGUUCCACUGGCGUACAUCAUACUUGACCGGUUUGUCGAGCGUUGCAAUCGCGCUGGCUUCCUCACCGACAAGAUAAUCAACAAUAUGCCAUCGCGCGGUCGCAAGCGUUUCGUCUCGGAGGGCGAUGGAGGACAUGUGAAGCCGGCCACUCUGCCAAUACGCGACUAAAAAAAAAAACAACAAAACCAAUCAAUGCCGGAUGCCACAGGACAUUCAGCUCAAAGGACACCCAAAAGCAACAACAACAACAACAACAAAAAACACCAAAACAAAUACAAACAAGCAACGCCCCCACACAUGCCCAAAAAAAACAAAAGAAGUGGGAGGAAAAAAAGCAAAAUUAUCAAGAAAAGGAGAGAGAGAGAAGCAGUGAAGAAAGUAAAAGAAAUUGUCGCAAAGCUAUAAGGAUAACGGAACACACACACUUACACACACACACAACAUACACACCAACAACAACAACAAUUAAUCGGAAUCUGAUCUCCGUUUAAACUAUAUGCAUAAUUAUUAAAAACUUAAAAAAUAAAAAAAAAACAUAAAACCAUUUAAUCUAACCAACCCAUUAUGGAACGUAAAGCGGAAGGAAGUAUAUAUUUUAAAUAUUUGUAAAAAAAAAGAAAAGCAAAAACAAAAAGAAAAAAACAAGACGAGAGAGGAACUCAAUCAUAUUAUGUAGAAAAAGAAAAAAAACAAUCAAAUCCAAUCCAAUCCAGCCAUAUGCCAUGAGAGGAGGAGGAAGGAAUCUAAAAUGGGCUAACGGGAUAUAUGAGGAUGGUGGAAUACCAAGGAACAACGAUAAUUGCAUUUUGUUGUGUGGGUUCUUCUUCGGCUGAGCAGCGUACUUAGAGCAUGCUCUCAUAAAUGCCACAUGAAAGAGAAGAGAGAAAAACAAAGUAUAUUACUUAUAUGAAACUGUUAUACACACAUACACACGAGACUCACGACCACACUCACGACAUACACAACAUGCAUGAACUUGAAUCGUUUCAAAAACAAAAACAAAACAAAAAUAAAAUCAUGUGAACUUUUGAAAUCUAUUGUAAUACGGCAGUAAUUUUAAUGAACAAUCGUUGAAAAACCUCACCUAUUUUUGUUCUUAAAAAUUCUUCAUUUUGUAUCAUCACUAAUUUACUAAUUAACUGUAAUACUUCCUUAAUAUUUGAUUAAGUGUGUGUGAGAGAGGAAGAAACAUGAAUAUGUUUCAUAUUUUGCAUAUUACCACAUAUAUAUUACCAUAUAUCUACUACAAUUCAUAUUUUCUCACUUACUCCCUAUUUUUUUUUUCUUUGAUUAAAUAAACAUUGCAUUUUUUAAGAUAAGAAAAUAUGACUUUUGCACUUUGCUUUUAACCCCUCCUCCCCCUCCACAUCCCGUCCUAUAAUAUACAUUUUUUUUUGUUUUUUUUUUCGCACAUCAUACAUACAAAAAAAAAAAAACAAAUUCAUAUUUACUCCAGCGUAUUUUUUUUAUUUGAAAAAAAAAAAAAAAUAUGCACCACA